UUUGGGUUAACCCAUCCCCUCUCUCUCUCUUCUCUGUUUUUGCAGUGCGAGAACUUUGGGGGAUCCACUUUUCUCUUAAAGCUUAGAACGACAAAAUGACAGAUGUAGGCGAAACCAGCAAGACGAGGAAGAAGCGUGGACCUACGGGGUUGCACAAGAUUACACGAAUUAGCAGCGAAGGUCACCGUCGGGUUAUUAAGUAUAACGUGAAAGGGCAACCGAUUGGACAUAAUGCGACAAAAUUGAAGACUUUUAUUGGAAUAAGUGUGCAACACCAUAUUCCCACAAUAUACGAAACAUGGAAAUCGGUUCCAUCCGAGACGAAGGAGAAAAUCUAUGACUUGAUACAGGGUGGAUUUGUAGUUGAUCAUAGAACCAAAAAAAAUCUAAUUCAAGUGGCUGGGAUUGCUUUUAGAAACUUUAAGUACAGGCUCACGAACAAGUUCAUUAAGCCAUUCAUAAACGACAAGGAUAAAUUAAAAGCUCCUCCGGAAGACUACUCGCAUAUUUCGCAUGAACAUUGGGAGGUGUUCGUGAAAUCUAGAUUGACUAAAGACUUUGAGAGACAAAGUGAGACGAAUAGAGAAAAACGUAAAAAGCACGUGUAUAACCAUUGCAUGUUGCGGAAGGGUUAUGCAAACCUUGCUGAGGAAUUGAAAAUUGAUGCAUCACAUGAGAGACCAUCAGAUCGUUGCAUCUUAUGGAAGAAGGCUCGAACGAAUCGCGAGGGGAAGAUUGUGCAUGGACCGACACAGAAAGUCGUAGAGCGCAUAGAUGAUCUCAUGAUAACGCAAGACUUGCAAGAAGAGAAUGUGGACAAAUAUGGGGAUUUGUUAUCCAUCGCACUGGGCAGUCGGGAUCGGCCCGGACUUGUUAAAGCAGUAGGUCAGGGCAUAACAAAAACCCAAUACUUCUAUAAUCCAACCAAACACUCAACGCCCCUAGUAGGAGAGAAAAAGGUGGACAUCAAAGAGUAUGAUCGAAUGGCAGCUCUUGUGAAAAAGAACUUGAAGUGAAACUGAAGAAGCAUGAAAAAGGUUCCCCAAAAUCAAAACAUGGCACGCCAGCUAAGAAGACUCCAAAAAAAUCUCCUAAACUGAAGCGUACCACACCAUCUAAAAAUGCUCCAAAGAAAUCUCCUCGGUCGAAGCGUAUCACACCAUCAAAAAACGAUCCAAAGAAAUCUUCUCAGUCAAUGCAUACCACACCAUCUAAAAAUGCUUCAAAAAAAUCUCCACAAUCAAAGCGUGGUACUUUAUCGAAGCAUGAGUGAGAUGGAAACGUUUUAAAAAAGGAGAAUAUAGAUGAGAUAUUGGACAAGGAAGAAACUUUGGAGUUCAAAGAGGGAACUCAUUGUCGCCUGGCACUUGGAUCCAUCGAUAAUGUUGUCGCUGCGGACACUAUAUUUGAAUCUGGGAGGAAGGAUGGAAACGUGAAAGUGUCCAUAGACGUGGUGGUUGAUGACGACUCCCGACUUCCAAUUCCGACGCAUGGAGGAAACAAUAUUCUCUCACAAGAAAUAGGUUCACAUAUAUUAUGGCCACAAAAUCUAGUCAUAUCCGAUAAUGAGAAGGAAAUAAAACAUUCGAGGGAGCUGUUCAGUUUCGCAAGUGGAAAAUCUCCAACACAACCUGCGCCCGUUAGUCUAACAUGUUUAACUCGUGAGAUAAACUACAUUGGAAGGGCAAUUCAAAUGAUUAUAUCGAAGGAUGUGUUCGGUCAUGAACAUAAGUUGUUUAUCAUGGUGGAGGAUGUACAGAAGUUGUUUCAUAUGGAACCGACAACUACUCCGUGCAUUGAUGCCUACACGACGUUCUUACAUAGAUCGUUGGGCAACGAAUAUGAAUCAAGCCCGUACAAGUUUCUAGAUGCUGGGGCCACUUCCAUAACUAACCUGUCUAAAGAAAACCGCGUGCAAGUAUUGACUAAAAGACUCUCAGAAUUGGAGUUGAACCAACUGCUGAUGUUUCCAUAUCAUUCCGGAGAUCAUUGGACGUUAAUAGUGAUGUCUCCCGCAAAGAAUAUGACAUUUUUUCUUGACUCGUGAGAAAUCGCUUGACAGAUGAUAUUCUUAGUGUCAUCACCAUGGCUGUAAGAAAUAUACAGAAAAAACCAUUUGCUCUGAAGCGUGUACCGUGCCCAAAACAACCGAAUGCAGUAGAAUGUGGAUACUAUGUCAUACGGUUCAUGCGUGAUAUAGUCUUCGCUCGUAACACAACAAUCCCAGAAUGCAUGAAAGGGGCACCGCAGUGUUACACACAGGAGCAUUUGGAUGUGAUUAGAAGGGAGUUGGCAGAGUUCAAACUCUCGCACAUAUACUUUUCGUAGUAUAUGUGCUAUCUUGUUUUUUGGCUUCCCCGUUUAUGUAACUCAUUGUCGUUUUGUUGGCCGCCGCAUGUUGGAGAUCGAAAAUUUUUGUUCAGUGAAGGGUUCCAUCAAAUACUUUUGGGCAAUAUCCUCGACAUGAACCACAUAUACUGUAACGGUAUAUUGAGGUAUGGUUCUCGAUCACUGUUAACGCCUCAUGUUAUUGACUAUAUUCUUGAGCUGAAACAUAUCGUAUGAUCUUGAGAAGCAUGUUGGUCAUAGUAGAAUUAUUCGUUGUGUCAUUUACCAUCCCAUAAAAUUAGUUAAACAUUAUGUUUUCAUGUCUUCUGAAAGAAUGAAAAAUGUACAUAUAUAGUUUCCGUUUGUGUUUGUUAAAGCUAUGUUGUUUAGAUUGGUGUGUUCAUAUCAUGUUUCUAGUUGUCGUUUUCUCCCGUUCUGGCUACUUAUGUGGUCUCUUUUAUGAAUAUCGUGCAUUAAUUUUAGGAUUGACUUGCUUAUGUAAGAUUGUGCAAGUAGCAAAUUACGACUUAGUGUUUAUAUGUAUCAUGCAUAUAGUAUAACGUAUCGUUGGAUAAUUGUGUGGUUUAAAGUUUAGUUGGAUAAUUGUGUGGCUAUCCUGCAGCAAAGAUAGCCAAUUAUGACUUAUUGUUCAUAUUUGUGUCAUGCAUAUAGUUGAAAGUCUAGUUGGAUAAUUUUCUGGCUAUCCUACAGUAAAGAUAGCCAAUUUUCAUUUCCGUUUGUGUUUGUUAAAGCUAUGUUGUUUAGAUUGGUGUGUUCAUAUCUUGUUUCUAGUUGUCUUUCUCUCCCGCUCUGGCUACUUACGUGGUCUCUUUUGUGAAUAUCAUGCAUUGAUUUUAGGCUUGACUUGCUUAUGUAAGAUUGUGCAAGUAUCCAAUUAAGACUUAGUGUUUAUAUGUGUCAUGCAUAUAGUAUAAUGUCUCGUUGGAUAAUUGUGUAGUUGAAAGUUUAGUUGGAUAAUUGUGUGACUAUCUUGCAGCAAAGAUAGCCAAUUACGAUUUAGAUAAGUAGAUUGUUUUUGUUUGUUAGUGUUCAACAUCUGUGUUGUUCCUAAAUCAGUUUUAUUUGGGUAAAGUCUUUAGUAUUUUAAGAAUUUCAAAAACCGUUUGAUAUUGCCUUUUUGCGCCUUUGUUUUUGUGAGAGAAGGGUUUUGUACGAGUGAUUUGAAGGAAAGAAAAAUAUCUUAGGUGCGUAUUGUGAUUGUUAGCUCUCUGGCACUGCAUAAAUGUUAUGAAAGUGUGUUGAUUCCGAAGGUCUGAAAUAUAUUUUUCUUUUCUACUAUGCUAACCUUUACAAUGAGUAGAAAGAGGAAGUAAACUCAGUGUAAGAGAUUUGAAAGUUUAGGUUCUCCACUUUUGUGGAGCGAGGAUUGAAGGAAGCAGGGCCGAGCGUUUCUGUAAUAUGUUAGCUGCAUUUUGUAGUUUGACCUUUCACGUUUACAUGGUCUUGCAAGAAGAGCCUGGAGAACCACGACAAGUAGCUACUUGGAAUAUCUAAAAGAUGAUUGUUCGGCCAUUUUUUGUUGGGUUAGUAGUUACUUGGUAUAGUUUGUUUAUAUACGAGGUUGAUGGACAUGAAAACCUUUGUUCAUGUAUAUAUAAUUUACUAUAUGUAUACACUUUAUAUUUGUAGGUGGGUUGGUGUACUAA